CAGCGCCGAGGACGUCAUCAAGACCUGGGUGGAGCUCCAGCUGCAGCGCGAGCAGCGGCGCCGCAAGGACCUGGAGCGUGUCAGCUGGCUGGCCGAGAUUCGACGCGACCUAGCGGCACGGGUCCUGCAGCGCGGCUGGCGCGAGUACAAGAGACGACGCGAGAUCGAGAUGGAGGACGUGGUGCUGAGCUUCCGCCGCCGCUGCGCCGCCCGCCGCAUCGCCGCCGGCUGGCAGACGUACAACAACCGCAAGAAGCUGCGGCAGAACCUGGCUGCCAUUCGCCGCUGCGCACGGAACCAUAUCCGGCGCGCGGCCUUCCUGCACGAGAACUCCGUGAUACUAGCGACAUCGCUGGUCGACCCGACGCCGGCGCCGACAGAGCCAUCUGUCGGCGGUCCCGAAAGCUUCCGCGCCAUCCAGCGGGCGAUGCGCGAGGUGUUGACGCAGGCAGUACUGGCCAGGGACAGCGACGAUGAAGACAUCCUCUCGUGAAGGACGCGGCUGUGGCCCGUGGACCUCGCGCUGUCCGGUGUGGUGACUCCCGCCCGCGCUACCGGAAAAGCGCGGAGGCGCCGCCUGCAGAAUCUCUGAUGUCGAGCGGGGGUCCCGUCGAGCCACGCGACCCCCGCGACCCCUGCGACCCCUGUGACCCCUGCGACCCCUAGCCCGACCGUUCACGUGUUCAUCGGUGUCGCAAGAUGGCGCGUGGUCCGGGUAAUGUGCGAUGACGUCACUGGGAUGAGGUUGGCGAACGAUGGGCGCAUCUCGUGCCACGAGGGAGUGACGUCACUGAGUCCGGGUCAUGUUGGCCUCUGGUGGGCCUGAGCCCUGCCUUGACGUCCGUGGCUCGGGACGGACGGGCAGUCCCGGACCGCGCCUUGUUUGGUAUGAUGCGGAUGUCUCCAGCGAGGUCCGUCCUCGGAGAGCGCGUGCCUUCUCGUCACCGACGCCAGGCCGGGGAGGCAGGGACGGCGGGACGCUGAGAAUAGAUGGCGCUGCCGGCGGCGCUCCUCCAGCGAGCGCAGACCCGGGCCGAGUGGCGCUGCUGGACGGACCUGAGUGUGGCCGGCUCCGCCUGCUCCGACCCGCUCCUGUUCUGACAUCCAGGGCGUUGGCAAUGUCGGGGACGGUAGGUGAUCAUGGACGGAACAAAGCCUUCUGCACAAGCCGGCAUUGCCCUGUCAGAGUAGAUGUGUACUGGCGCGGGAUGACGCGGCUGUAGUAUGUGUCGAAAUAUUAAAUAU